UAAAGCUCUCGAUGACAGCGUUAUUCUCACCCGAAGCUCUGGAUACUGUGCGCGUUUUCCCGCCAAAAUGACCGCGUUUCGGUUUCCCGCCAGAAUGACCGCGUUUCGAUUUCCCGCCCCGGUGAUUGUGAUUGUGUUGGUGUGUUUGGGGUCUGCGGAGGAGCUCUCUGAUAUGGCUACCAUGACAACGGAUGAAUUCAUCCGGUAUUAUGGUUACAAAGCUGAAACUCAUGAUGUGACGACUGAAGACGGCUACAUCCUGCAGGUUCACAGGAUCGUGAAGGAGGGUGGUCCUCCAGUCAUAUUUCAGCACGGUUUGCUCGGUGCCUCCGAUAGCUGGGUUCUCAGAGGCCCUAAAAGUGACCUGUCGUUCAUGCUCGCAGAUGAAGGCUACGAUAUUUGGUUGCCGGACUGUCGCGGAAACAUGUACUCUCAACGACAUGUCAAUUUGACGACGGCCGAUGCUGCGUUCUGGGAUUUUAGCUGGCACGAAAUGGGCUACUACGAUAUGCCAGCUGUUGUUGACCACAUCUUAAACGUGACGAGCUACAAGAACCUUGUUUACCUGGGCCACUCGAUGGGCACAACGAUGUUCUACGUUUUCGCCUCGACCCGACCCGAAUACAACGAAAAAAUCGCUUUGUCUUUCAGCCUGGCGCCUAUUGCCUUUGUUUCUCACAUGUCCCUCGGCGGCACCACCAAACCCCUCGCCAACAAUGCCAGGAAUAUCGCGCAAAUGUUCCAGAAACAAGGUAUUAUGGAGAUACUGCCCCGGAGGAACUGGUUGAGUAAAGUAAUGAGUAGUUUUUGCGCUCAAAAAAAUUACCAACCAUUUUGUUUGUGGUACACAUUCACAAUUACCGGUCCUGAUCCAACGCAAGUUAAUCCUGAAACGUUCCCGCUUUUCGCAAGUCAUUUUCCCUCUGGAACAUCAGCAAAAACUCUGCAACACUUUGCGCAAAGCUUGCUGUCCGGUGACUUCCGCAUGUUUAGCUACGGUAAAGCGAAGAACUUGGAGGUGUACGGCACAGAACUUGCACCCCAGUAUAAUUUGAGUCUGAUCACAUCGCCUGUUUCUUUACAUUAUAGUUCCAACGACUUUUUGUCGCAUCCGGCGGACGUAAAUAUACUGGCGAGUAAGUUACCCAAUCUAAUCGGUAAGUUUAAAGUUCCUUUUAAGAAUUUCAAUCACGUGGAUUAUCUUUGGGCUCGUGACGGCCGUAAGCUCCUGUACAAUCAAAUUAUGGGCAUCAUGAACAAACAUCGAUCAGAAAUAGUUUUCCGAACAAACGGAGAGGCAACAGAGAGCAUUUAGCUAGCGUGCUACCCAGACAUCAAUGUAUAGUAGGUCUAUGAUGAACAACAAUUUUGCAAAUGUAGAGUGUUUCGGUGACCAGAUUUCUUGUGCAAUAUUGUUGGUGGGCUUGGGCCGUUUACUCGCAAAUGAAUACCCUAAAAUUUUUAUUUAUGCGUCAAAAGAUCAAAUGACCUUCUUUAAAAUUUUGCGGAAACCUAAUGCAGUGAUGAAAAUAUUUUAAAACUGUUAAACCGAGACUAAUAAACAUUGAGGCAACAUUUAAAAGAAAGGGGUCGAAAAUUAAAAAACUGAACUGAAGUUAUUGAGGUACAGUCGAUUUUUUUUAAUAUUUGACCCCUUUCUUUUAACAACAUUUUAGUCCCAAAUCUACAUCACUUUUUAGAAGAGCGAUUGAGUUCGGGGUUGUCAUUGCCAUGUACGAUUUUUUAACAGACAAAUUUUUCUCAGUGCAUCCUUCUGCUAAAUUGGGAAGCCAGAGUUAUCAGUUUCGGUAACUUUUUCUGCAAUGUUUUGUCAAAUUUGCCGAUGGUGUGUAUACUAUUAGAUUUUAGAUGAAUUUAUUAAUUUAUUUAUUACCUAACUUAAAUUUAUUAACCGUCUCGCCGAGGGGCUGAAAAAUAACUUUCAGACUUGGUUUACUAACUGCUGCGUAGCAAUACUUUUCAAAAGUGAAAAAGCUUACAUUUUGUGGAUGCCCUUAACUCAGCAGUUAAAAGUCAAAGUAGAACGAUUACGUCAGAGAUAGGAGAUCUGCAAUUAUCAGAUACUUAAUAGCAUUAAAGAUCAUUGGCCUCUACGUUUCUAUCCAUGCGUUUAAGUCCCUGAGGUUUUUUGUAUAAUAUUCACACUCGUAAUUACAAUUAUGUAGGUGGCGAGGCGUGAAUGAUCGAUUAUCGAUACUUCCUCAUUUGAAGCUUUGGUAAAGAAUCGAUUAUUGAGGUGUUCGUUGCGAGCACCCUUUAUCGAUCCUUUUCCAUAGGUUUAAAUAGUAGAUCAAUCGAUAUAUCUCAAAGCACACCACGCUAUUGAAUUGUGUGAAUGAUAAUUAUCUUACCUCUGGCUAGAAGUUGCUACAGCGGUUUUUAUGUUUAAUUUGUUUUCUCCUUUACCUAUUUCAUCAUAAAACUUCCUGAUUUUUGGUUUUUACUCAAUGAAAAAGUUAGUGGAGGGAGUAAUCGUUCCUAUUAGUCAUAUAAGCUUUCCUUUAUCAUCAGUGCCUAAUUUGUUACAAAAUAAUUUCGCUCGGUGAACUCAUAAUAGUGAAUGAUAGUUACCUACCAAAGCCUGUUCACUGUGAGUUUGUUUAAUUAUUUAUGCUGUUUGAGAUAAUUUGUUACAUCAUUCAUGAAUUUUGAGUUUAUAAGUGAUUGCUGAAAUAGUGCUUAUUUUUAUACGCGUUUACUUUUAAGUUGAUCUCUGAUCUCUCAACGAUCUCUAAAAUAGCCAUGGAAAAGGUUUGAGGUCAGGAUUAAGGCGCAAAUAAGGCACUCCUGUUUUUUUAUUUAUUUUAAUUUAUAUAUUUAUUGGUUUGUAUGUUUAUUGAUUGAUUGAUCUAUUUAUUUAUUUAUCUAUUUUUUUCAAACUAUGUAAAAUACAUUAUUGAGAAGAAAUGACUUUGUUACUUUAUUUUGUUUUUGAUUGACCAAAACCGUAUAAAAGUCGCGCAAAGUAUACUUAUUUAUGUUGAGUCCCAAUUUGUAGAGGUUCUAUCCCUCGUCUUCAUUAAAAAAAAUUCCUUUUGCUUUAA